GUGGCUAGGUCACUCUUACUCUCGGUUUUCCCGUUUAUAUUCUCGCAUUCGUUCCUCAGUCUCUCCUAGCGACACGGAAGAUUAACACAUUUGCGAGUCUGGUAAUUGCGACGCUAAGUUAUACAAACGCCAGAUGUCAACAAGCCAGCCCGAGGUGUUACAGGAAUUUUUAUUUUAACUUUUGAAUUAUGAGUCCUCGAAUUUUAUACUUUCGUUGUCACCACGCGAUGCGCUUCCAAAUUUUGCUUAAUUAUUCGUCAGACAUCUCGACAUAAAUUUUGCAUCAGAACUGUGAACUUCCUCGAGUCCUUCGUAAUAGUGUUCCGAAGUUUCCGUUUGCAAAGUUAUAAAUCCUAAAAUCCUAAUUAUUUAUGAUAGUUUGCUAGUUAAUAUAGUGCUUCACGAAAUUUUCGAAACUUAGAGAAUAUAGUGAACAAAAUGCAAUUUUAGUUUCUUCUCGAUUUUAGAAGAUUGAUCGAAGGCCAGACAUGUCAUAUCAGAAUCAAACGUGCAACUUUUAAGAAUAUCCGAAAGAUUGUGUGAUACAAAGAAAAGAAUUGCGCAUGUUCAACAGUUGUAAACAUAAAACCCUUUAUUGUGGACCAGUGAUCAUACAAAGUGCACGCGAUAAUACAUCGAUAAUUGUAAUCGGUUUGAUAAUUUCGCGUUCUGAUUGAAUGUGCAAAAUUUAUUAUUAAGAGGUAGACUGAAAUACAAAAAAAAGGCAAUUAAUAUAAAAAUAGACUGCUGUGAAAUAAGCGGUUGUAAAGUAGAUAUACAAAAAUAAACUAUUCGAGCAUCUAUUCAAACCAUUCAAAAGCAAAUUACUCGAAAGCACAUUUCUGAAGAAUUUCUAUAAGAGAUACCUUUUGAGAAGAUAUGCUCGGAUAUAGUGAAACAAGUGGAAUAUAUGAGUGUGUGUGUAUACGAAGAAGAGAAUAAAUAUAUGGAUAAACACGGAUAUGAGUGACGUAAUCGAGGAAAAACGAUGCGGCUGAUUUGAGCAAAGAGGAAGAAGUACUACACAGAAGUGCUCUCGAUAGGUGUAUGAUCCUAUUAUAUUAUUUCAUUCUUCAGCUAUACUCCGUUCGAGGAAACAACAAUCAACGUCGACGUCGAUAUUACAAAGAUGGAAACCGCAAAUUCAUCUAACAUUCUGAUGGAGCUCAAGACGCGGCGGCAGCAGUUCCAGACGCAGACGUCCACUUUGGAUACGCGAAGACGGCAGGCAGUCUGCGUAAGGCGGGCCUUUAAGAAAUAUGGCUCCAAAAACAAUCCAAAUGUCAUUCUGGACGGCCUGAACAUGACCGUGCCGAAGGGCGCGAUUUAUGGACUACUCGGUGCGAGCGGUUGCGGCAAAACCACUCUAUUGUCGUGCAUCGUCGGCCGCAGGCGAUUAAAUUCCGGCGAAAUUUGGGUCCUGGGUGGCCGACCGGGGUCCAAGGGAUCCGGCGUGCCUGGGCCCCGGGUCGGCUACAUGCCGCAGGAGAUCGCCUUGUACGGCGAAUUCUCCAUUAGGGAAACGUUUAUCUAUUUCGGCUGGUGCGCCGGCAUGACGACGGAUCAGGUGGACAGGAAACUGGAAUUCCUCCUCAAGUUUUUGCAACUGCCUUCGGAAAAUCGUUUCGUCAAGAACCUGUCUGGUGGCCAGCAAAGGCGAGUGUCCUUCGCCGCGGCCCUUUUAGCCGAACCCGAGCUUCUAAUUUUGGACGAACCGACCGUCGGUGUGGAUCCCGUUCUACGACAGAGCAUCUGGGACCACUUGGUGCAUAUCACGAAGGAUGGCAAUAAGACCGUCAUCAUCACCACCCAUUACAUCGAAGAAACGAGGCAAGCCGGAAUAAUCGGCCUGAUGAGAAGUGGUAAAUUUCUCGCGGAAGAAUCGCCGACGAAGCUGAUGGAGAUGCACCGUCUCGACACGCUGGAAGAUGUUUUCCUGAAGCUGAGUAAGAAACAGAAUCUGGGCUUACGUCGACGGAGCAGUAUUCUAAGCAGUAUAACAGGCGUCCCGCCGGAAGAUGACGUGGACGACGAGAUGAGUGGCGAAUUCGGCGACAAUGUAAGCGUUUCUAGUCGAAGAAGAAGCGUGGCUAUUGCGGACGAUGGCAAUGUGCCGGAAUUGCCGCCGGAGGAGAAAGGUUCCUCCAACUUCACCAUGCUCAAUCCGAUGCACAUGAAGGCUCUCAUUUGGAAGAAUUUCCUAUGGAUGUGGCGGAAUGUCGGAAUGAUGGCAUUUAUCAUCGGUCUACCGGCGGCUCAGAUCAUUAUCUUCUGCCUCUCCAUCGGGAAGGAUCCCAGGGGCCUUCAAUUGGCCGUGGUCAAUAAUGAAUUGAAUAACAGCAUGGAAUCAUGUAUACCUACGACCGGUUGCGACUGGUCGCUACUAAGUUGUCGAUUCCUUCAACAUCUGAGCAAAAAGACUAUAGUGUGGUUACCUUAUGACAACGAUGAAGCGGCCAGAAAUGCCGUGGAGAAAGGAUUAGCAUGGGCCACUAUAUCGUUCUCAUCAAAUUAUUCGAGUUCCCUUAUGGCCAGGGUAGAAGACGGAACAAAUGCCGCCGAUUGGGAUGUGGAAUUUUCUGAGAUGAGAAUCGUCAUGGACAUGUCCAAUCAACAGAUAGGCCAAUUACUGCAGAGGGACAUAUAUUCCGCAUACAUGGAUUUUGCAAGGGACGUCACUGUGGCAUGCAAUUACAGCGAGAAAGUAACGAGCAUACCUAUAAAUUUCAAAACACCGAUAUAUGGACCUCAGGAUCCUAACUUCACGGACUUUGCAGCUCCCGGAGUGAUCUUAACGAUUAUAUUCUUUCUUUCGGUCGCUUUGACGUCAGGUGCCAUGUUACUAGAAAGAAACGAGGGUCUACUGGAAAGAAGUCUCGUAUCAGGUCUCACUGGUACGGAGAUCCUUUUCGGCCAAGUGAUUACGCAGUUUAUGGUGAUGUUCGGGCAGUCAGUGAUGGUUCUCAUCGUCUGCUUCCCAAUCUUCAGGAUCACCUGCGAGGGUGACAUCGGUUGGAUCACUACGUUGACCAUUCUUACAGGACUCUGUGGCAUGUGCUUCGGAUUCGUCAUUGCCUGCUUCUGCGAGAACGAGAGAAGCGCUACAUACUUGGCAAUGGGGUCAUUUCUACCCAUCGUGAUGCUCUGCGGUAUCAUCUGGCCGAUCGAAGGCGUACAUCCCGUUCUCAAAUAUAUUAGCUUUAUAUUACCGUUAACAAAGAGCACGGAGUCAAUGAGAGCGAUGCUAGCCAGAGGUUGGCCGAUCUCAGAACCGGUCGUUUACUACGGUUUCAUCGCCACGUUCAUCUGGAUCAUCAUCUUCAUGACUCUGUCGAUACUAUUGCUCAAAUUCAAGAAGGGUUGAUUAAAAAAUAAGAGAGGGUAAUCUUAUAAAAAUGACAAAGAAUCAACCAAACAUCUUUUUGUGUGAAUUGUAAUAUAUUAGAUACCCCGAAAUUAUUGUAGUGACUGUUAUAUACUUAAACUUAAUAAAGACAGGA